UCGAGGCUCGUCUCGUGAUUCUUAGGGGGCGCUGAAUGUGUCGUCCGUCAUAUGACACUUCUUCCAUCGAUCCUUCUUGUACCGAAAUUCGUUGAAUUCUCCAUAUUAGACCAGUUUUCAAGAGGUUCCCAGACUUUUUGCUCAAAAUGAAGCUCCGCAACUUAUUGUUAUACAUCGCUAGUGUGGCGUGGAUUUCAGCCAUAGUAGUGAUAGUGCUUUACUAUUUACUUUCUGGUCGCGGAGAGCAACUGAGUAUCGGCUGGUUCUUGUCUGAGACCUCCCCUUACAUGUGGGCAACUCUGGGGAUUGGACUUUCUGUAGCUUUGUCCGUUGUCGGAGCCGCCAUCGGUAUCCAUACCACUGGAGUGAGUAUCAUCGGAGGUGGUGUCAAGGCUCCUCGCAUCAAGACCAAGAACCUCAUCUCUGUGAUCUUCUGUGAGGCGGUGGCCAUCUACGGUCUUAUCACAGCAAUUGUUCUAUCUGGUCAGCUGGAGCAGUUUUCAUCUGAUGCUAAGAAGAUUCAGAACUAUAUGUCUGGCUACUUAAUGUUUGGUGCUGGCAUCAGUGUUGGCCUGGUCAAUUUGUUCUGCGGCAUGGCUGUCGGUCUUGUCGGAUCUGGUGCAGCUCUAGCCGAUGCUGCCAAUUCUGCCCUUUUUGUCAAAAUUUUGAUCGUAGAAAUCUUUGGAAGUGCUAUUGGUCUCUUUGGUCUUAUUGUGGGAAUUUACAUUACAUCAAGUGUGAAAAUGGGUGAUAGUUAGAUGUCUUGUUACAGAUAAAGUAUUAUGUAGAUGUUGAGAUCCACAGCUUGUUUUAAAAAGAAUCUUAGGAUUGUUACUGGUCUGUGCAUUUAUAAGUUGCGGAUCUUUACAUUGUUUAGCACAAAGAGUUUGUGCUGGAAAGUAUUGUUUGAACGUUUAUUUGUGUGCUGAUCAAACCUGUGGAAUGACAUUUUAAAUGCAACAAUUUUAUUUCUCAAAAGAAUACUUAACCAUAAUUUAUGUGGCAUGCAUCCUAGAAUUCAAAAAUUUGAAAUGCAACUGUUACUAAACGUAUGGAAGAUGUAACUUGAACUGCAAAGUAAAUGUGGUUGUUUUUCUUUCAUAAAUAAUUUAAAUGUGCCACCAUAUGUUAUGCCCUUCUACUUGUAAUGUUCUUUUGUGCCCCACAGCUGCUGCUUAAUUUUUUUUUUACCCCUUAGUUUGUAUUUUGAAAUUCAUCCUGUCAAGUGUAUUGGUUCAACUACAUUCCAAAUUUGUAUAUAUGUUGUGUAGCCACAUUUUUAUUGCUCAGGCACUGUAUGUCCAGUGAAUUCUCAGAAUUUUGUUACUGUUACCUAUGUUCUGAGACAUGCAAGUUAAACAAUAAUUACCAAUCUAUGGUUAUUGUAAUUUUCUCUGAUAGACUCUGUAUAAAUACAUGAAUGAAACAUGAUUGCUAUCUCCAUUUGUAAAUAGGCAGUCAGAUUAAAAUUGCAUCCAACUUUACAUUUCUAUUGACUUAUAUUUUUUAGUAGAGAGUUAAAUUUAAUAAAUGCUUUUUAAGUAUGGUUUUGUUUUCUUCAAAGUUCUCAUUACAGUUGUCACUUGUAUUUAUUUAAAAAACAAAACAAAAUUAAAGACUCAUCUUGUAUUGACUAAAUCACAACUUCAUCAUCCUGCUUGUAAGAAACUUGUAAAAAUGUACUUAAUUGCAAUCUGUCUAUAGUAUGAUUGAAACGUGGGUUACUUGAAAGCAAAUGUUCAUAUCAUUAAAUGUUUGUUGUACAUUCAGUGAGCUAUGUAAUGAGCUAUUGAAAUGAAUAAACAUAUAAGACCCAA